CACAUGUACACAGCCGGUGGAAGCAUGCAUGAGCUCAGGGUGCUGAAACAUAAGACACGAUAUCCAUCACCCGCUCUAUCAUUCUGGAGACCUGCACACCCAUCACAGUGAUGAGUGUACGAGAGAGGCUGAUCGGAACAGGUUACCAAGGAGACUAAAAUGAUGAAAUGCAAUUGCGAAUUGGUUUCCUGAAGUCUAGAGGAACUUAAAAGCUGUUAUGCCAGGCUCCAGUCAGGAGAAUAUAAUGAAGUCGCAGCAGAAGUGUAUUGCUGUGUUUGCACUGGUUUGCUGCUUUGCUGUCCUGGUAGCUUUGAUUUUCUCUGCUGUGGAUGUCUGGGGAGAGGAUGAGGAUGGUGUCACUGAAGAGAACUGCAGCAAUAAUUGUCGUAUUGUGCUUGUGGAGAACAUCCCAGGAGAGCUAUCUUUCAACACCAAUAGUUCAACACAUCUCCCUCUCAUUGUGGGUCUCAACCACCUUCUGGACCAAGCUAAACUGUCAGUUGAGAUAGUAUCCCCAUAUUGGGCUCUGACCUCCACCGAUCAGGGGUCACGGCUUUAUUCUGCUUAUCAGGGUCAGUUUUUGUUUCAAAGUUUACUAAGUCUGAAGUCUCGAGGUGUCAAAUUAAAGAUCGCCAGUGACCAGCCCAACUCCAUUGAGCUGAAGAGCAUGUCUGACCACUAUGCGGAGGUGCGCUAUGUCAAUAUGACUGCCCUCACCAGAGGUAGACUGCUUUCCUCCUUCUGGGUGGUGGACAGGAAGCACAUUUACAUUGGUAGUGCUGGUAUGAACUGGAAGGCGCUGUCCAAGCUGAAGGAACUUGGUGUGAUAGUGUAUGACUGUAGUUGCCUGGCUCUAGACCUGCACAGGAUGUUCUCUUUUUACUGGCAGCUGCAGUACAGAGACUACAUCCCCUCUAUCUGGUCCAAAAGAGUCACAGCUGUAUUCAGCAGAGAUGAACCAGCCCAGCUCAGACUCAACAAUACUGAUGCCUCAGUCUUUGUGUCGACAUCGCCAGAGCUUUUUUGCCCCAAGGGUCGAAGUAGAGAUAUAGAUGCAAUUCGGCACGUGAUCAGAGAAGCUAAGCAGUUCAUUUACAUCUCUGUAACAGAUUACCUGCCCUUAGUCAACCGCAGCUAUCGAGGAUCAGCAAUUGUAAGGUACUGGUCACCAAUAGAUGAGAUGCUCCGGGAGGCUGCCGUUUUGAGAGAGGUUAAAGUUUGUCUCUUAAUCAGUUUGUGGACACGCACACAUCCGCUGACCUAUAACUUCAUGACAUCAAUGCAGGCGCUGUGCACAGGACUGCCAGGCUGCUCUAUAGAGGUGAGAUUUUACAGAGGCAAGGAACAGAUGGGAGGAAAUCAGCACAGAAUAAAUGAGAACAAAUUCAUAGUGACAGAUAACGCAGUAUACAUUGGGAAUCUGGACUGGGUUGGCAGUCACUUUGCAUUCAAUGCAGGAGCCGGGCUGGUGAUUCAGGAAACGCAGAGGCAGCGGGAAGGCCAGGACUCUCUUAUAGAGCACAUGACUGCUGCUUUUCAAAGAGACUGGUUUUCACCCUACACAAUGAGCCUGCUUACUGGCAGCAAGACGCUACAAGAGAGCCAACCCGGGAAACAGAAUCUGCAAGCUUUGAAAACAAAACUAGAGAGCAGAGAGCGUGAAUGAACGGAGGGAACUUCUCUGAAGUGGGACCAAUAAGCCAAGGACAUAUCUGUGCCUCGGAACAUCUGUGCCAUGACUCUACCCAUUUGAAUUUUCAGAUGCUAUCAAUGGAAUUGAAUGAUCAUCCCUGAAGGACUUCUAUGAAGGAAAAUAGUUUUUAGUGUGUGCUUCCUUUUUUAGAUUACAGUACAGCAAUUAAAAAAAAAACUAAAUUAUCCUCUCACUACACAGUUACACAGGUAUUUAGAUAAACAAUCAGUACAAAUUAGAGAUAUUUUUUACUGGAAAACAUAAAAAUACUGAUUAGGAAUUAUUUAUUAAUUAAUUUAUUGUUUGCGUACAAGUAACUGAAAGGAAUGGAAAUAAUUUACUCCAAUAUCCUAAGAUAUUUCUUUAUUUUUAAACCAAAAUAUUCAAAGACUUAAAACUGCUCAAACACUCUAAACUUUGCUCAGUUAAUUCAUCCCAAUGUGUGUUCUGUCCAACAUACUGUAUAGGCCUACCCAGUGCUGGGUUGUCAAAUGUGUUGUUUUUAACCCAGCCAAUUUUAGUUUAAAUGGUUUUCAAGAAAGCACAUUGCCAAACUUUUAUAAUCAUUGUAUAAAUAAUGUUUUUCUUGAGAAUUAAAACAGGUUCAGUGGGAUCAUUAACAUACACCGCUCAGCCACAACAUUGAAACCACCUGCCUAAUAUUUUGUAGGUCCCCCUCGUGCCGCCAAAACAG